AUGAAGAAAGCCUCUACAGAACCCCCAAAUAUAGACACCAGACGCUCAGCGACCACGCAUGGCGUCCGUCGCAGCUCCUCCAAGCGAUCCGAAGCUGGCAUCACGCUAGACGAACCUGAACCUUUCUCCCUCUCAAAUACCAGCACUUCCACCGCCAACAGCAACAAUGGCCGUGCCGACGACAUCAUCACCUCUUCCAACAUCACCAGCUCUACCGCUAGCAAAAACUUCCUCCCCGAUGACGCAGCCGAGAAGAAGCCCGUCUCCAACGGCAAUGCCAAGUCAUCUACGCAGGCUCAGAGGAAGGGGCCUCUCCUAGGAAGUCGUGAUGGUACUCAGAACAACAAUAACCCCGAACAGCAGCAGCAGCAGCAGCCGCCGCCGCAAACCCCGCAGGAGAAGCCCAGUGUGGUCACCCGUUUCUUCGAGACGUGUAAGAUGAUCAUGUUCCACAGCUGGGUGAACCUCCUGCUCGUCUUCGUGCCCGUCGGCAUCAUCGUCAAGGGCCUCCACGUCAACCCGGGCAUCGUCUUCGCCAUGAACGCCAUUGCCAUUGUCCCACUCGCCGGUCUUCUCAGUCACGCUACUGAGUCUGUGGCCAGUAAGCUCGGUGACACCGUCGGCGCCCUCCUGAACGUGACCUUUGGUAACGCCGUGGAGUUGAUUAUUUUCAUGUAUGUUUCUGCCCCUCUGCGGGUGAUCAAGACAAGAAAGACAAGAGAAGUCGAAAAAGACACUAUCACAUCAAUCAAGUCCCAAAUCAUGCAGUUCUUUUCUCACCUGAGUCCCACCGUUCGUCAUCAUGAUAUCGCACUUGCCAAGAAUGAAAUCCGUAUCGUCCAGGCGUCGCUCCUUGGCUCGAUUUUGGCCAACUUGUUGCUCAUUUUGGGCAUGUCUUUCUUCCUCGGUGGAUUGCGUUACCGAGAGCAGAUUUACAAUAGCACCGUCACGCAGAUGAGUGCUUGUCUGCUCAGUCUGAGUGUCAUCAGUCUGGUUCUGCCCACCGCCUUCCAUGCUUCUUUCAAAACUCUCAAAGAUGCCGACGAUCAGACUCUGAAGAUCAGCCGUGGUACCAGUGUGAUCCUUCUCCUGGUUUACAUCAUUUACCUGCUGUUCCAGUUGAAGUCACAUGCGUACAUGUACGAGUCUACUCCUCAGCACAUCGUCGAUGCGGAGUCUGCUCCUGGCCCGGCCGUCGGCUGGUUGGAGACGUCCAGUUCCGAGAGCGAUUCAGACUCGGACACGGACUCGGACAGCUCCGACAGCUCAGGCGGUACUGUUCGGCAGAGGAUGAAGAAGGUCCUGCGCGGUGGCAGGAGACGCAAGUCCAGUGUGGCCUCCGUCGACAUUGAGGGUCGCCCUAGGACCCGCAGCACUUCCGCAGGCACUCACAGCACCAGAGGCUCACCAAGUCGCCCUCGCCUUCCUCGCUUCGGCUCAAGUGUUGGUAGUGAGGAGGCUAUGGAGGACGAGAAGCCUCGCAAGCACCGCAAGUACCGCAAGCGCCACCACAAGCACAAGAAGGCCAAGAAGAACUCGCGCAAGAACCUCGUCGACGUCGAUGAGCCCACCGCCAACGAGCGCUCUGAGGCUACCUUCCAGAAUGGCGAGCCUCGCCGUGUCGACUUUGCCCAGCAGGAUCCGGAGGCCAUCGAGGGCGCUUCCGAGCUUCCCCAAACCCAGAAUGACCGCAGACCUUUGCCUGCCCUCCGCGGCUUGUCGAUCAAGAACUUCGCCCCUGCCGUCUUCACUCAGCCUCCCGGCUCUCCGGCCAUUGGUCCCGCCGCCGCUGGUCCUGUUCCUCGCGUCCGCUUCGGUAUUCGCCGCACCAACUCCCUGCCCGACCGCCUCAACCAAUACGGAGCAAACGCCACCAGACCCCCGGGUGCCCUGUUCCCUGCUCAGAUCUCGAGAAAUGUGGUUCACAGCAGCGAUGGUACGGAAGAGAAGGUCAUCCCCAACGAUCACUUGUCUCGCACUGCCGCUGUCCUCCUGCUGUUGUUCUCCACUGGUCUCGUCGCCGUCUGCGCCGAAUUUCUUGUCGACUCCAUCAAUGAGGUUGUGGCUACCAGUCCUCUGGGCGAGGUCUUCAUUGGUCUCAUCAUUCUCCCCAUCGUCGGCAAUGCCGCAGAGCACGUCACUGCCAUCACGGUUGCCAUGAAGAACAAGAUGGACUUGGCCAUCGGUGUCGCCGUCGGUAGCUCCAUCCAGAUCGCGCUCUUCAUCACUCCCAUCGUCGUCAUCAUUGGCUGGGCGUUGGGCAGGGACAUGUCGCUGUACUUCACCCUCUUCGAGACGGUCUGUCUUUUCGUCUCGGCCUUCAUCGUCAACUUUUUGGUUCUCGACGGCAGGAGUAACUACCUUGAGGGUGCUCUCCUGUGCGCGACGUACGUCAUCAUCGCCUUGGUGGCGUUCUUCUACCCCAACUCGGACGAGGUCAACACUCUGGGUGCAUGA